AUGAAUGCUUUCCAGCGGUUAUUCUACGGAUUCCCUGAGCCGGCUCCGCACAAGCGCAGCAAGCCCGUCGAGGUGCUUUGCUUGGGCUUGCCACGCACCGGAACCGAGUCAUUAAGCGUGGCCUUGCGAACUCUGGGUCUGCAAACAUAUCAUGGCUGGGAUUUGGUCUUCGAGCCAGAUGGCAGCAAACUGCAACUCUGCACGGAGCUAGUGCGGCGGAAAUACAGCGGUGCUCGCGAUGGCGACGUGCACAUUAGCAACGCAGAGUUCGACAUUCUGAUCGGCGAUAGCCAGGCUGUGGUUGAUUCCUUGUGUAUUUUAUUUGCGCCCCAGCUGGUCGCUGCAUACCCAGACGCCAAAGUAGUCCUCAACCUACGUCCCGAUAUGGACGCCUGGUACCGCAGCAUCAACAAAACCAUCGUCGACGGGGUCGAUAAAUCAUGGUAUACGUGGUUUUUGCAGUGGUUCUCCGGGGAGUUUCAUUGGCUGUACAGUCUCUACUUAAGAGAAGGAUACCCGGGCAUAUUUCACAGCAGGACUACUGCAGAUGGUAUCCAGAAAAACGCUAAAUGGGUCUAUCGCGACCAUUGCAAUAUGGUCCGGGGUAUGGUGCCUAAGGAUAAUUUGCUUGAGUGGUCCGUCGAGGAUGGCUGGGAGCCGCUUUGCAAGUUUCUUGACAAGCCUGUUCCUGACACGCCCUUCCCCCGAACCAACAAUCCAGGGGCCUACUCCGAUCGCAUAGAUGAAUACACCAAAAAUCGCUUCAAUCAAUGUCUGCGCAACAUGACUCUCACCGCCGUGACUCUAGGCGGGAUUACCGCUGUCGUUGUGAUGUGGCGGCAGGGACGGAUCUCAGGGGUUAUGAGGCUGAGUGAUCUACUCGGUCGAUUCACUAAACUAAUCUAA